AUGACUGUCACCACUCUUCCAGCGUUCAACGAUCUGGUUGCGCAUGCUCUCAUUUCUCAUAGCACCAUCCAGCCAGAGCAGCUGAUUGUGCUUGAUAACUCGUCCAAAUAUCAGCCCCAUGGGUUCAAACAGAACACCAACCAGGAGCAAAAUCUGGCUGCCAUCUUCAACACCAUGGCUACCCUUAACCGUCUGGCGCUGGAAGAUCCACGCACUUGCGCUGGAAAGCUAGGGCCAUCCUUCCGCGAUGCUCUGCUUCAGGCUGCGGACGAAAUUGCCAUGCUCGCCGACAACCGUCCCAUCCGCUAUGUCGAGCUCGGCCCGGAACCUUGGAAGUCAAGGGCCAUUCUCGAACGACUACUUGCUAGGGGCGUGAGCCUUUGCCAGUACGUGGGCAUUGAUAUCAAUCCUGAAUCCGAGCGGACCAUGCGGGAAGCUUUGGCACCUGUUACCGGAGAGGAGAGGUUCAGCUAUUGGGUCGAAGAUUUUUACAAAUGCUCCGUCGCUGGUUUCCCAAAGCCUAAAGGCGAAACCACCCCUUCUGAGAGCCUAGUCACUGUUGUGACCAACCUUGGCUUCCAGGAGGGCAACGAUUUGCCUGCACGAAUUGGACCCAUGCUGAAAAGCAUAACCCGGUCGGGUGACAUUCUGCUUUCGGAGAUGCAGGUUUUUGGCGGGGGUGCUGAUCCGAGCCUCAUCGAGCAGUUCUACCAGCAUCCGGAAAUGAAUCGAUUCUCAGGCCUGGUUGGCGAAUGCUUUGAAUCAGAUGGCGCUGCUGCGGCAUCGGGAUCUGCCGCAGCUGUGGCCAGCAAGCAUGUCUUUCACCUGUUGCCCCUGCAGACCGAGAUUGGAAGCGUGAACGUCGCCACCACGCUUGCUCCCGUCCGCGUCAAUGGGCACAGGAAGUACGUGCUAACCAACAGUUGCCUCAAGUACACUAGGGAGCAGUUCCAGCAGGCUAGGGAAUACUCGGGAGAUUUCGUGGUGAAACUCUGGCAGGAGACCGGGGACAAGUCUGUGGUCUUCCAGGUGUCUGAACGACGUUAG